GACUGGGAAGUGGCACUUGUCGUCUUUCAUACCGUAGAUGCCGGCAAACAGAUGCGCUCCCUCGUCUCCGUGAUAAAGUUAAAAUGGCCGCCCUUGCAAAAAUCCUUUCCUCUCUUUAAUUUCCGCCCUUCCUCCUCUGCCCACUCUGCCGUGGAAGCGGGGAAGAAGAAACCAUGGCGACUUCCUCUCUACGCUCCCCUCCCCCUCUUCUCCCUCACAACUCUCCCCCUCCUCCUCUGCUCAAGAAUUCCGCCUCCUUCCUUAUAGCCCUCCCCAAACAACGCUUCUCUUUCUCAACCAACCGCCACUCCCUCCGCUCUCCGAUCGUCCGACGAUGCUCCUCGCCGACGGACUCCUCCGCCGACUCCGCACCCGCCGGAGAUAGCAAUUGGAGUAACUUCUGCAUCAUAGAAGGACCGGAGACGGUUCAGGAUUUCGUUCAGAUGCAGGCGCAGGACGUUGAGGAGAACAUCAAGAGCAGGCGCAACAAGAUAUUUCUCCUCAUGGAGGAGUUGCGGAGAUUGCGUAUACAGCAGAGGAUAAGGGGCGGGAGAAGAAGUAUCAAUGGAGCAGCUGCCGAAGAAGACGAGUUAACCAACGAGAUGCCUGAAAUCCCAUCAACAAUCCCUUUUCUUCCUCAUGUGACGCCAAAGACACUGAAGCAGCUCUACUUUACAAGCUUUUCAUUCGCAUCAGGGAUCAUAAUAUUUGGGGGUCUUAUUGCUCCAAUUCUGGAAGUGAAGCUCGGUCUAGGGGGAACCUCUUAUGAGGAUUUCAUAAGGAGCUUGCAUUUGCCAAUGCAGCUGAGCCAGGUCGAUCCGAUUGUAGCAUCCUUUUCAGGAGGGGCAGUCGGAGUUAUUUCUGCUUUGAUGUUGAUUGAAGCUAACAAUGUAGAGCAACAAGAGAAGAAAAGAUGUAGAUACUGCAAUGGAACUGGAUACUUGGCGUGUGCUCGUUGCGCUGGUGGUGGUGUGUGCUUGAGUGUCGACCCGAUUUCGUUAUCCAGUGCUUCAGAUAAGCCAUUGCGUGUACCAUCAUCUGAAAGGUGUCCCAACUGCUCUGGUGCAGGAAAGGUGAUGUGCCCCACAUGUCUGUGCACUGGAAUGGUGAUGGCAAGCGAACACGAUCCGCGAAUCGAUCCAUUCGACUGAGCUCUCUCCAUCUAUGGACUGCCUGCUUCCAAAAUGUAUCCAUCUAGUUGUUGAUUUCUUUGUUUGUCUAUCCUGUCCUGGGAACCAAAGUUUUCCCUUAUUUCAUUCAUGUACCCCCUUCGUUCUCUGUUACCAAGUUACAACUGUGGAGAGGUUGCGGCAGUUGAUGAGAAAGGAUGGAUAACAGAAUGUCGGAAGAUACAGUGCACUGAGGAAUGAUGGCAUGACCAAACUAGGCUGAAGAAAAAUCGACUGUGAAAACAUUUAGCGUGAAUUAUCAAUUUGUAACUGGUGGCAUUAAUUAAAUCCACAUUCUGCUUCAUACUGCUCUUUCCCCGUAACCACUGUAGUAUCGGUUAUUUGUGCAUACUGCAUAGGGUAUUGUAUGGCACGACACGAUUAAAGCAUAACAAGCAUG